AGUCCUAAAAUUUGGCAGUUUUCUCUCGGCUUUCUCGGUCACACACAACCCCCACCCCCCAAUAGCUCGCACUCGAUUCGAUUUCGAUAGCUUCCUUCAAAGAAUACGGGAACAAUGGCGACGAUGAUACUUCCACAAACACCAACAUUCCUUCAAUUCAAUUCUCUCUCUUCUUCAUCGUCUCACCGAUUAUCAUUCCCAUUUCAUACACAAUCUCCCCCUCUUCCUUCCAACUCCAUGAUCACCAUUCACACUGAAAAAUCAAGGAAGCAGACUCGAUCAUUUCAGCUUGCCAAAGCUUCUUCCACCGGCGCCGGCUUCUCCGAUAGCAUCGCCAAUAUCCUUGGUGACGUUAGCAUCUUCACUGCCUCCGGUGAGCCUGUCAUGUUCAAGGACCUUUGGGAUCCAAACGAGGGAAUAGCUGUCGUCGCACUUUUGAGGCACUUCGGUUGCCCUUGCUGCUGGGAACUUGCUUCAGCUCUCAGAGAAUCAAAAACGAGGUUCGACUCAGCUGGUGUGAAGCUAAUUGCUGUUGGCGUUGGAACUCCUAACAAAGCCCGCAUCCUUGCAGAGCGGCUACCAUUUCCAUUGGACUGCCUUUAUGCUGAUCCUGACCGCAAAGCAUAUGAUGUUUUGGGCUUGUAUUAUGGUUUUGGCCGAACAUUUUUCAACCCAGCUAGUGCUAAGGUGUUUUCAAGAUUUGAUGCAUUGCAGCAGGCUCUAAAGAAUUAUACCAUUGAAGCCACACCAGAUGAUAGAAGUAGCGUCUUGCAACAGGGAGGCAUGUUUGUGUUUAGAGGAAAACAGUUGUUGUACGCACGGAAGGACGAAGGUACAGGAGAUCAUGCCGCUUUAGAUGAUAUCUUUGAUGUCUGCUGCAAAGUUCCAGUUGCAUGAAGCUUCGCCAAUAAUUUCUGGGAGCAGCAUUCAUAUGGAAGGCCCUUAUUCAUAUUGGAAUCCCCCCUCCCCCCCCCCCCCCCCCCUAAAAAAAAAAGUAGUAAAUUUUGUAUACGGAUCUAAUAUCUGUACAGUUUAAUCGUUGUGAUGUGAUACCAU